AUGAGAAUUCAAAACGAGGAGAAGCUUCAUCUGAUUCUUGAAGACGUGUUUCUCGACGAGAAAGAGCCGCCGCUUUCUCAACGUCAUCAGGCCACUCAUUCUUCCACGAAACGCAAGUUCUUCCUGUUAACCGUCAUUCUGGUCCUUGUCUUCUUGAUCUACGCGUCGUCUCGACCGACUAUCGAUGAAAAUGUCAUGCGACAAGGCUCUGAAGCUCCAGUGGCACAAAAACCCGAAAGAACAACCACAACUGAAGCCCCUCUGCCACCACUGGAACCAGGAGUUCUGGAAGAUCCGACACGGCGAUUGACAAGGAUCUUACCGGUUUCUCACGUCUUCAUCAGUUCGGUCUACUAUUAUCCGACUUCUAAAUCGUGAGUUCAAAGUGAAACUAUGUAAAGCUACCCUGAGACUUGUUCACAGGUUGGGACCAAAUGCGAUCGCAAUGAGUAUGGCCGUCGAUUCGAAGAACUUCAACGUCAAAAACGCCACGUACAGUGUGGUGGGCUCGAAUGGAACACACACAGAACUCUCGGUCGCCACUUCACAAACGUACGCUUUAAAAACUUUGAACGAAAACCUGUUUCAGCGACAAGGUCUGAAGUGGAAUAGUUUUUAAACUACUUGUUGAAACGUUGACACAAAUGAACGUUGUCUAAGCCAACAAAUUACUAAGCGCUAACGUUUUCAGAGAAGGAGUCCCAACUUGUCGAUAUGCUCCAGCCAUGGCCAGAACGAAUACUGUCGCCAAUUUGACGAAGUUGGAAAUGGAAUCGAAUGGAGUGAAAAUUGAGGUGAACAGUUUCUCAAAUUGUCGCUCAAAUUGACCUCACAAUUUGACAGAUUCCGUUCAAAAUGGCUCGGUACACGGCUCCGUCGCCGGUCAUCAUCUGCAUUUCGCCGCAAUUCGUCGCCGAACAAUGGCAGAUGUUUCUGAUGCACGUACAUGCCGCACAUCGGUACGUUUCACUUCUAGUGAUUCUGAGGGAAAAGUUUGACCGGAUAUUGUAGUUUUGAAACGGUCACCACUCAAAACAUAGAGAAGCCAGUUUCAGAGACUCGACAAAAACGCACAUUUUUUGAUUGCAUCUUUCAUUUCAUUGACCACUCCAGUUUUGCAGAUUCGGAGGACACCUGCACGUGUACGUCACCUCGAUGAUCGCUGCGUACUUUGAACUGAUGAAAGAGUACGAACGAGAGGGAUACAUGACACUCGACUUCUGGCUCCGAAUGAAGUUCACACACUCGCAAACCGCCUACUUUGAGCCGAACGCCAACGUGGAGUGGAGAAAUCAGGCGGGCGCCGAGACCGAUUGUCUUUUACAGUAUAAGGUUGGUAGCACAUUCGGAAGAGUUGUGGAUGUGUGUUUAGGAGGCGGCACAGUACAUUGCAUUCUUCGACAUGGACGAUAUUCUGUUCCCAAGAACUAUCCGACCUAUCUGCAAGAGUUCAAUGCGGAAUGGGCUCUCCAACCCAACUCUUCGUCGAUUUUGUAUGGAAGACGAGAGCACGAGUUUGUGAAAGGUAACGAGACACACUCAACCGAAGCGUCGCAACCACAUUUUCCAGCCGAAACCCUGUCAGAGUUCAGUUUCAUCGAACUGGUCGACAGUCUCAAGUCGUCGCCACUUGUGAAACGUGGCAAAGUGGUCGUGAAGCCGGAACGAUACAAUUCCACGUGGAUUCACUACAGUCAGCACGAGGAUCUGAGCACCAGGUUGGCUGAAAUAAUUUCCGGGGGACAUCAUUUCGUUUUGUUUGUUGCCAGACACAAGGUGGAGCAUCCCUCGCUCGUGCACGUCCAACGUCCGCUCCAGAAGCACAGCGACAACAAGAUGACGACGUUGUGGAAGAUGGAAUUCGGCCAACUCAACGAGACGAUCCGUGCCGACGACGUGGCCGCCAUCGAAGCGGACAUUUGGCGGAUGCGAAAUCUCUCCCAAGUGGCCCUCAUCUCCCAGAACCUUCCCGACAAGGACUUUUACCUUCCGAUCGUCUUCAAGUGCUACUACGACGCGUUCUACGGCCCCGUGAUGGUCGAAGGGAAGGGCCUCGACCAUUGUCCGAACGCGGAUCUUUGUGAUUUGCCACAAAGGGAGGAUUACAAGUGCAUUCACUCGGACGCCGAGUACUUUUCCGGACCGCACAUGGAACCGUUCACUUAUCACUUUUCGAACAACUCCCAUUGGUCGAAGAAUAUCGGAUGUUAUCAGUAA